AUGGAGCCCCACCUGCUCGGGCUGCUCCUCGGCCUCCUGCUCGGUGGCACCGGGGUCCUCGCCGGCUACCCAAUUUGGUGGUCCCUGGCCCUGGGCCAGCAGUACACGUCGCUGGGCUCCCAGCCUCUGCUCUGCGGCUCCAUCCCGGGCCUGGUCCCCAAGCAACUGCGGUUCUGUCGCAACUACAUCGAAAUCAUGCCCAGCGUGGCGGAGGGCGUGAAGCUGGGCAUCCAGGAGUGCCAGCACCAGUUCCGGGGCCGCCGCUGGAACUGCACCACCAUCGACGACAGCCUGGCCAUCUUCGGGCCCGUCCUGGACAAAGCCACCCGCGAGUCGGCCUUCGUGCACGCCAUCGCCUCGGCCGGCGUGGCCUUCGCCGUCACGCGCUCCUGCGCCGAGGGCACCUCCACCAUCUGCGGCUGCGACUCCCACCACAAGGGGCCCCCCGGCGAGGGCUGGAAGUGGGGCGGCUGCAGCGAGGACGCCGACUUCGGGGUGCUGGUGUCCCGGGAGUUCGCGGACGCCCGCGAGAACAGGCCGGACGCGCGCUCGGCCAUGAACAAGCACAACAACGAGGCGGGCCGCACGACCAUCCUGGACCACAUGCACCUCAAGUGCAAGUGCCACGGGCUGUCGGGCAGCUGCGAGGUGAAGACCUGCUGGUGGGCGCAGCCCGACUUCCGCGCCAUCGGCGACUUCCUCAAGGACAAGUACGACAGCGCCUCGGAGAUGGUGGUGGAGAAGCACCGCGAGUCGCGCGGCUGGGUGGAGACGCUGCGCGCCAAGUACGCGCUCUUCAAGCCGCCCACCGAGCGGGACCUGGUCUACUACGAGAACUCCCCCAACUUCUGCGAGCCCAACCCAGAGACGGGCUCCUUUGGCACCCGGGACAGGACUUGCAACGUCACCUCCCACGGCAUCGACGGCUGCGACCUGCUCUGCUGCGGCCGCGGCCACAACACGAGGACGGAGAAGCGGAAGGAGAAGUGCCACUGCAUCUUCCACUGGUGCUGCUACGUGAGCUGCCAGGAGUGCGUCCGCAUCUACGACGUGCACACCUGCAAGUAG